CUGGCCCCUCCCAUGUUUUAGGUGUCGACCAACAUUUCCAUUCUUCGUGACCUUUCGCCUUUUCACUUCGAUCACGUUCUAGACAUUUAGAUGCGCAGGAUCUUUGCCGAAUAUGUCGAUUGUCAUUGACAAAAUCCUCGCGGCUGCGCCCAAUACGGAGCGCGGCAGGCCAACUCAACUAUCCACAGAUCCCAAAGGAGAGCGCAUAGCUUACGCUUCUGGCAAAUCUAUCUUUCUUAGGUCCCUCGACAAUCCUUCACUCAGCAAGCAAUACACCACUCAUACAACUCAGACGACUGUUGCGCGCUUCUCUCCCUCGGGCUUCUACGUCGCAUCCGGGGACGUUUCUGGCGCAGUAAAGGUUUGGGAUGCGGUUGAGGGAGUAAACACAAAAGGCGAAUACCACAUAAUCUCUGGGAGAAUAAAUGACAUUGCCUGGGACGGGGACUCUCAACGUAUUAUCGCUGUUGGCGACGGACGAGAGCGCUUUGGACAUUGCAUAACAGCAGAUAGUGGGAACAGCGUAGGAGAAAUCAGUGGUCACUCUUCGAUCAUCAAUUCAGUGUCGAUUCGCCAGCAGCGACCUCUACGGGCAGCUACCGGCGCGGAUGACAGCAGCUUGGUCUUCUUGCACGGUGCACCAUUCAAAUUUUCUACAAAACUUGGUGGAUUACACAAGGGCUAUGUGUAUGGUGUUGGCUUCUCGCCUGAUGGAAACCAGCUGGUCAGUGUUGGUGCAGAUCGCAGGAUCCAGCUAUAUGAUAGCAAGACAGGGGAGCCGACCCAUCAAAUUGGAGAAGGCGAGCACAAAGGGAGUAUCUUUGGAGUGUCUUGGGCAAAAGACUCGAAACGUUUUGUCACAGCAAGUGCUGAUCAGACUGUCAAGCUUUGGGACGUGGAGGCAGGGAGGGCUGUUCAGACUUGGCGAUUUGGAGAAGGAACCGUCAGUAUUCCAGAUCACCAAGUUGGUGUUGUUUGGCCUGCUGGGAGAAGUGACGGAAUGGUAGUGAGCUUGAAUCUUGCUGGCGACCUUAAUUACCUUACCGAAGGAAGUCAGAAGCCCGCAAAAAUUGUCCAAGGCCACAACAAAAGCAUUACUGCUCUUGGAUCAAGUGGACUGGGCAACUCGCAGACCUUUUGGACUGGUAGCUUCGAUGGUAGAGUUUGCUCCUGGGAUGUCAGUUCCGGCGUUGGUUUUACCAUUGAAGGAGAGCCGCACUCCAAUCGAGUCACGGCUUUCCAGACCACGCCCGACCGAGCAUACAGUGUGGGUUGGGAUGAUACACUCCGAGUGGCGGAUGCCUCUGGUAAGACAUUCUUGGGAGAAACCUCGAAGUUAUCUGCCCAGCCGAAAGGAUUGGCUUCCGCCGAGGGCCGAAUUUUCGCAGCUACUGUGUCGGGAAUUGACAUCUUCACCAAGGAUAAGCAUGUUGGUACUCUCCCAAUCAAGGAUUUCACACCAACCUCUAUUGCUGCGUCUGGUUCGCUGGUUGUCGUUGGAGAUGAUGCGCAUACCGUACAUGUUUAUACAGUGGAUUCAAGCCACAAGCUAUCCCCACAGGAGAAACUCGACAAGUCCACAACCCAGAUCACAGCAUUAGCUUUCUCGCCAAAUGGAUCACUUCUCGCUGUGGGCAACUCUUCUGGGAAGAUCGUCGUGUACGAUACCAAUUCUUGGGACGUCAAGACAGAUCGCUGGUCUGCUCAUACUGCAAGAGUCACAUGUAUUGCGUGGAAUGCGGAAGGAACACACGCUGUAAGUGGCGGACUUGAUACAAAUAUCUUCGUUUGGAGUAUGGAGGCGCCGGGCAAGAGAGUGAAGGCUCCCAAUGCUCACAAAGACGGUGUGAAUGGUGUUUCUUGGAUCGAUGGCGUGAAGAAAGUUGCUAGCACUGGCGGCGAUGCUUCUUUGAAAAUCUGGGGUGUUUCGGGCCUUGAAUAGAUCGAAAAGUGGGUGUGCCAGCGGAAGCUAUGAAAUGGUUUCAAUAUACAAGAUUACCUGAUUAGUAAUGCCGUUUGAAACACCCUCGAGCAGGGCAGGAGAAGCGGGAAUGAACUUCCCAACAGCCGAAAUCAAGUUAGACAGUUUCAGAUUCUUUUCAACAAACGCCUCUCGAGUUACAGGACUAGAUAGAAAGUUCUCCUGGUCUCUGUCUGGGUAUUUCGAGAAUACUAAGUUCCCACUACCUUUAAAUGCAGCUAAAUGUACACCUUUG